AGGCAAUGAAAGAAAGGCGUCAGGAGAUUAAUAUUCAUUACGACAUGCUGAGAGCGCAGCUAAAAGCUGCAGACGAGGAGAAAUCAACCGUCAGUGCAGAGUUACAUGAAAGAAUUACAAAAAUCGAUAAGCUGAGAAAAAGGUAUGAGAUUCUGAUGGUUUCCAUGGCACCACCAGAAGGGGAGGAAGACAAGUCUCAGGCUUAUUAUGUCAUCAAGGUGAGUCUCAUAAAAACAAAAGAAUAUUAG